CCUCACUAGAAAGAAAUGGUCAACUUUGUAGUGUGCCAACUCUUUGCCUUGUUAGCAGCCAUUUGGUUUCGAACUUAUCUACAUUCAAGCAAAACUAGCUCUUUUAUAAGACAUAUAGUUGCUACCCUUUUGGGCCUUUAUCUUGCACUUUUUUGCUUUGGAUGGUAUGCCUUACAUUUUCUUGUGCAAAGUGGGAUUUCCUACUGCAUUAUGAUCAUAAUAGGAGUGGAGAGCAUGCACAACCAGUUGACACCCAUAGAAUGCUUCUGGACUUUUGCCAAAUUCUUGGUAUACUGUUUUGUGUUUGCUUUGGGAUACCUCACAGUGUGCCAAAUCACUAGAGUCUAUAUCUUUGAUUAUGGACAAUAUUCUGCUGAUUUUUCAGGCCCGAUGAUGAUCAUCACUCAGAAGAUCACCAGUUUGGCUUAUGAAAUUCAUGAUGGGAUGUUUCGAAAGGAUGAAGAACUGACUCCAUCACAGAGGGUCUUGGCUGUAAGGCGCAUGCCAAGCCUCCUGGAGUAUGUAAGUUACAACUGUAACUUCAUGGGCAUCCUGGCGGGCCCACUCUGCUCUUACAAAGACUACAUUACUUUCAUUGAAGGCAGGUCGUACCACAUGACACAGUCAGGUGAAAACGGAAAAGAAGAGGUGCAGUAUGAGAGAACAGAGCCAUCUCCAAACGAAGCCGUGGUUCAGAAACUCCUGGUGUGUGGGCUCUCCUUGCUCGUUCACUUGACCAUCUCCAACAUGUUGCCUGUGGAGUACAACAUUGACGAGCGCUUUCAAGCCACAGCUUCAUGGCCAACCAAGAUUACCUAUCUGUACAUGUCUCUACUGGCUGCCAGACCUAAAUACUAUUUUGCGUGGACCUUAGCUGAUGCUAUUAACAAUGCUGCAGGCUUUGGUUUCAGAGGAUAUGACAGAAAUGGAGCAGCUCAUUGGGACUUGAUUUCCAAUUUGAGAAUUCAGCAAAUAGAGAUGUCAACAAGUUUCAAGAUGUUUCUUGAUAAUUGGAAUAUCCAGACAGCUCUUUGGCUCAAAAGGGUGUGUUAUGAACGGGCCUCCAUCAGUCCAACCAUCCAGACUUUCUUUCUCUCUGCCAUUUGGCAUGGGGUAUACCCAGGAUACUACCUGACCUUUUUAACAGGGGUAUUGAUGACAUUAGCAGCACGAGCUAUGAGAAACAACUUUAGACAUUAUUUCCUCAAAACUCCCCAACUUAAAUUAUUUUAUGACAUCAUAACAUGGGCAGUAACUCAAAUAGCAAUAAGUUAUACAGUUGUGCCAUUUGUGCUUCUUUCUAUAAAACCAUCAUUCACGUUUUACAGCUCCUGGUAUUACUGCCUUCACGUCUGUAGUAUCUUAGUAUUAUGGUUGUUGCCAGUGAAAAAGACUCAAAAAGGAAAGAAUAUACAUGAAAACCAUCAGCUCUCACAGUCCAGAAAGGUUGACGAAAGAGAAAAUUCUUUGGGAGAGGACAGUUUCCCCACAACAAACAGCAUUUGCAAUCAGAACCAAGCAAAAGCCUCUAGACCACCUUCCUCAAGGCAGUGAUGGGGAGGCCUUCCUGCUGACUGCCUUUCUUGUGUUCACAGAAACCAGUCUUAGCACCUUCACAAGGGGUUUGUGUUUGUUUGAAAAGAGAUUAACAGGGGGAAAUGGGACAGCUAUAGGUAGGGAAUUUCCUGUAAACCAGAGUGGAAAAGGAAAGAAGCAGCCCUCCCAUGCCAUGUCCCUAUGGGCCACGCCUUAUAUAAAAAUAUUUUCCUAUUUCAUGGGGCAUUCCAACCUCAGCAUAUGCCCACAAGGUCAUAUGUGUGCCCUGUUGCCGAAUGUAUGUUGUGUACCCCAAGGCACUGCAGAGGUGGGAAACUUAUCGUGUCCGUCUGAAUGAUUGAGGGGGUUAACUUUUCCAAAUGAAUGUCUUGCCUUAAACCCUCUAUUUCCUAAAAUAUUGUUCCUAAAUGGUAUUUUCAAGUGUAAUAGUAUGAGAAGAUUAUUUCAAUAUUUGAUGUUGUAUAAUGUAAAGGAAUUUAGAAGGAAUUUGAAACAGGAUAUUUAAGAUGGUAGAUACUUUUAAAAUGCAAUAAACAUCUCAGUAUUUGAAGGGUUUUCUUAAAGUAUCUCAAAUGACUACAGUGCAUAGUGAAACUGUAACAGUAAUGGAUGCCAAAUUAUAGGUAGCUUAUUUUGCUGGAGAGCUUAAUUAUCUUGUGUUAGUCAGAGAGUCCUUCCAGGAGGAACUUCUUAAACAUAAUUAAAGGUUGGUAAUGUGAUAUUUUAAGCUUAUUUUCUUAAAAAAGAGAAAAUGAGGCAGGAAAGUAGGAAUGAAAAAAGCUCUGUGAGACUUGGAGCUAGAAACAGUUCCCCCUUUCUGCAUGGGGUUCUGUGUGACUGUCUAAGACAUAAAAGUUUAAAAACUGGGUAAUACUUUGUCAAGUGAAAUUUAUCAAGCAUAAAUUAUAUAGAAUUAGAAGAGAUAAUGAGAGUAACAGUGAUAGACUGCUUUUUUUGAAAGAAGUCUCUAGUAAUUAGGGUUCUGUCUGGCUAAUCAAUUUCCUAUCCUUGUCACUUUAAUUCCUAUGUGGAAAAGUUUUAGGGAAUCAAAAACUUAAAAGACAUGGAGACUGAAUGACAUUUUUGAGACUAAUAGAAAUUAGUUUCCAGAUGCUUUUAAAUUUCUCACAUUAAAAUUUUGUUGUUAACUCCUGCUAAGAUGAGUUUUAGAUUCUGUAAGAAGAAAACUGUGAUUUCUUCUUAUGGGCCAUUUCUACCAUGAAUAAUCUUGCCUUGAAUUCCUGGGCAUCUCCUUUAGUCUGCAGAGUAUUGUGCUGGCUGCAGUAGCAAGAGCAGGAGCUGGGACUGGAGGCCAGGUGGUACAGCUGGGCCCAGCCACAGAUGGUCGGUCACCCUGUGGCAGGGAAGGCAGACGAGGCCUUCCAACCUCACCGUUGCUUGACCAAUCUUUGGUGGAACUUUUCUUUUUGCCUUAAAUUUUUAUGAAAUGAAAUUAUAUGUCUAUGAUGAGUCUCUUUUUCUGAUCACUAAUAAACUUAUAAAUGAAGUAAAGACAAAACAAAAAUCUGACAUAA